UGCGUGCUGGCAGUGCGGCCUUCGAACAGAUGGAUCGCUCUUUGGAUGAAGCAUCCCUUAUGCUGCGUUCAAGCACUACACAAACCCUGCGCCGUAUCGUACUACCGCUCCUAAAACCUGCGCUCAUUUCUGCACUUAUUUAUAGUUUUGUUCGCUCUAUGACCACUAUUUCUGGCGUAAUUUUUCUUGCCACUGCCGAGUUUGAGCUGGCCACCGUAUAUAUCAUAGGCCGCGCUGGCAAUGGCGACUAUGGCGUUGCCUUGGCUUAUUGCACCGUAUUGAUUUUGGUAUUGUCAUCCUUUGCAGUUCUCACCCAAUGGUUGGUAGGUGAGCGCAAGCUGGGCAGACGCAAAGACUACAAAAUGCCUAACUCCAAUGCAGGUAUCGUAUUUGAAAAAGUCACCAAGCGCUAUGGCAACAACCCCAAGAUGCCCUUGGCCGUUAAGGGGGUGGAUUUUAGCAUCCCCAAAGGCACACUGACUACCAUAUUGGGCCCUUCUGGGUGUGGCAAAACGACUAUUUUGCGCAUGAUUGCUGGUUUGGAAAUGCCCACGAGUGGUGAGAUUUUUAUCAACGGCAAAAAUGUUACCACUCUUGGACCAGCAGAGCGUAACGUAAGUUUGGUUUUUCAAAGUUAUGCCCUAUUCCCGCAUAUGAAUGUGGUUCAAAAUGUGGCCUAUGGGCUGAAUAUGAGCCGAGUACCUAAGAAAGAAGCCCUGUCUCGUGCGAGCGAAACUUUGGCAAAUGUCGGAUUGGUCGGAUUCAAUGAGCGCUUACCUAGCGAGCUCUCGGGUGGCCAACAACAACGCGUAGCACUAGCGCGCGCACUUGUAUUGGAACCC